CAUAAAAAACAAACGAGUAACAACGAAGAUCUAGUAGCCUCGCCUUUUUCUUAUUCCACCUGCUCUUAUCCAGAGCCUUCGUUUUUUUAUUGCUUUUUUUCGUUUUCUUUUUAAAAUUGGAUCGCGCAUAGUGUCAACUCCCAUUGGAGGAGAUAGGGCACAAAAAAAGAAAAAAAAGAAAAAAAAGAAGGAGCGAUAAGAGGAGGAAGAAGAAGAAGAAGAAGAAGAAGAAGAAGAGGGAGAGGAGGGAGAUGGGGGGAAACCUGGGGGUGAGAGCGGCGCCGUUCACGUACGCGGCGCACGUGCUGGGCGCGGCGGCGGCGGUGCUGGUGCUCGUGUGGUGCGUCCACUUCCGCGGGGGACUCGCCCUCGAUUCCGCCAACAAAAACCUCAUCUUCAAUCUUCACCCUGUUCUUAUGCUGAUCGGCUUUAUAAUCAUCGGAAGUGAAGCUAUAAUGAGCUAUAAAGCACUGCCGUGGAGCCACGAAGUCAAUAAGCUGGUCCAUUUGGUUCUUCAUGCGAUUGCUCUUGUUCUCGGUGCUUUCGGGAUCUACUGCGCGUUCAAGUUUCACAACGAGAGCGGGAUUGUUAAUCUGUACAGCCUGCAUUCCUGGCUUGGACUCGGCACAAUCUGUUUAUACGGUGUUCAGUGGAUAUUUGGCUUUGUCACCUUCUUCAUUCCUGGAGCUGCACCAACCCUUAGGCGCGGAGCUCUUCCCUGGCACGUUUUAUUCGGGCUCUUCGUCUACAUAUUAGCUUUGGCUAGUGCAGAAUUAGGGUUCCUGGAGAAGCUCACUUUCCUCGAGGGCUCGGGCCUCGACAAGUAUGGUUCAGAAGCCUUUUUAGUAAAUUUUACGGCUCUUAUCGUCGUACUGUUCGGAGCCUCUGUUGUGGUGUCUGCUAUUGCUCCUGCCCACAUUGAAGGACCUCACGGUUAUGCUGCUAUAUCGGUGGAUUAAUGCGCACUACUGAUUUGUUAUCUAAGCUGUGAACUAUAUAACUGCUCUUGCACAUACUUAUAUUCACUUCACGCUAUGUGUUAGUCAUCUUUGAGAUACAAUUACUUAUAAAACUAUCUCUGUAAGAGGUAAUAAUAGCACUUACUUUAUUAUGUCUUCUUUCUUUUUUUCAAGUUCUUUGUUGGUAAGUAAUAUGUUUUCUAAUUAUCUUUUUUA